ACACCACAGGCAGCGGCGGCAGCAGUCGGCGGCGACUCGCUCGCUCGCUCGCUCUCCUCACACUCGGGCUCCGCCAGAGCCUCCGACGCCGUCAUCGUCGCCGCUGCUGCUGGGCAAAAGCUCUUCGGCGGCCGGGGACCUUCCUUCGCGGAGGCCCUUUCUGCCUUCCUCGCUCGGGCUCUUAAGGCUCGUUCGCCGCCGCCCCGGGAAGCAGGCAGAGACCCUGGCUGGACCGGGCCUUUUUUGCGCUGAGCAGCUGUCAUGAUCUCUGCUGCACCUCUCUACAACGGGGUGCACAACUGGACUGGCACUGAACGGAUUCGCAUGUGCGGCCUCAACGAAGAGAGAAGAGCCCCACUUUCUGAUGAAGAAUCUAGCACCAGCAGCUCCCAGCAUCUGGGCUCCCCUGAAUUCUGUGUUGGCAACAGCUUUUCCAAGGUGGAGCUCACAGCAGUUUCGAGUAGUGGCAGCAGCAGCCAGGGAUUUGAGGCAGAAGGCAUCGUGGAGGAGAAAUUUGGGCCCAAGCUUGAGGAGCAGCCACGGGAGUCAGACUGUGCAGGGAAGGCCUUGAAAGGCAAUGAUGCCAACCCAGAUGAGGUUCAAGAGGCAGAACCUGCAAAGUCAGAAAAUAUUACCCCAGACUGUAUGGGGCCCUCUCCUAAAGAGGAGGUGGCCGACAUUACCCCUGCUUGCCCAAAGGCUCUGGAGAGCAAACAGACUGAGAGAGAGAAGAGUAACCCAGCUGUUAGUGCAGUCCUGACUGCCUCCAGUGCUGCUCCUACCGCCAGCAGCAGCUGCAACACCUUGGCCUCUGCUCCAGCCACCAUCACCUUGAAAAGUGUCUGUUUCUCAACAUCUCAGGCCUCUGCUAUGCAAAAAAUGGCCCUCUCCUUUCCCCCGGGAGCAGUCUUAGCCUCCAGCCAGCCUCUGGUUUACCUCCCACCACUUCCAAGUCCACUUGGGGUAUCAUCUACGCUCACCUUGCCCAUCUUACCCCCUUUCCAGCAGGACCCUUGUCUGCCUAGUCUCCUUACCCCCUCUGACCUGCGCUCCUAUCCAUAUGCCUUUUCUGUGUCAAGACCUGUGGCCACCGACUCCAAAACAGUAUCCACGGAGGCAACUCAGUUGAAUUGCCCUUCCUCAUCAGGAGAGAACAGUGCCCCUGCACCGCCUGGCCCUUCCCCUCCCACCAAUGGCUCAAACCUUUCACCUAGCACACCUGCUCUGGUGGUGUCAUCAUGCGCCACUACUGUCCCCUUGUCUGGUACCAGCACUGUGCUCGCAAGAGCUUCCGCAGCACCAGAACAGGUUACCUCAGGUGUGCUGACCUCCAUCUCCCCCCUGAAAUCUCCUCCACAGCUGGAGCGUGAGAUGGUCUCCACCUCAGAAUGUAUUGAGAUGCCCCUUGACCUCUCCUCCAAGUCUAAUCGGCAGAAGCUUCCUCCACCCAGCCAGCGCAAGACACCCCCCAUGCCUGUGCUGACCCCAGUGCACACCAGUGGCAAAGCGUUGCUGACCACGGCCCUUUCCAAGUCCCAGCGAGUGGCCCAGGCUGUGGGUAACCCAGGCACUGUCUCUCCCUAUGUCAUCUUCCCAGAGUUCCUGCGCAAUGGGGAGCAGGGCCCCUGGAUGAAGAACUCGACCACCCUCAUCAGCACCAUCCCGGGCACCUAUGUUGGGGUGGCCAACCCAGUGCCAGCCUCUGUCUUGUUGGGCAAGGAUUCGGGUGUCAGCUUCAGCAGGGACACACGCCAUCUUCCAAAGCAGGAGCCCAUUUCCAUUGUUGAUCAGGGAGAGCCCCGAAAUACUGGACCAUUGUCUGGGAAGAAGGGCAGUGGGGAAGGGCAGCCAGAUCCCACAAGGCAGCUCCUCCAUGGGCGAGGCACCCCAGGUCCCCCAUUACGCCCAUCCAAGGAGCUAUCUCUUUGGAGCCCCAGCCAGGGGAACAUUUAUCCUCGAUGUUCAGUCAAUGGGAAGCCUGCCAGCCCUCAGCUUCUGCCUAUCGGGUGGUCCCACUACCAUCAGGGUCCUCUCCUUUCUAUUGGCAUCGCUGCAGCUGCACAACUUCCCCCAAAUCCAGUUGGAGUUUCUAAGCCAGUUGGCACCAAUGAGCCAGCCAUGUUCCCUUCAGUACAGCCAGCUGAGCCUGCCACAGUGGUCCAGAAGGCCCCUGAAGCUCCCACUCAGGGCAAGGGUUGCAAGACAGCUUUGCCAAGUGCAGCUAGCCCUUUGUGUGUCUCGCCAGUUCUUCAGACCACCUUCCAGGAUGCCAGAGGCUCGAAGGGUCUGGGACCAAACUCUGGGUCUGACAGAGUGGAGGCUAACUCAGUAGCUGAGACCACCCCACAACCUGAAGCACCCCAGCAAGGCUGUAGGAACAAACGCAGUGUGGACUGCAAACCUAAAAGUCAGUUCCUGACUGCCUACUUAGCUCACGGCUUGCCCUUGGCUAGCCAGCCAAGCAUGCAGGUGGCCUCUGAAUUGGCGCCCACUGCUGAGACCCAGUGUAAGGACCGGAGGUGUGACCGUUCCCGGAGCCAGAUGAAAACAGAAGUCCCUUCCUCUGUGCAUCAGGUAGACCUUAGCCGGGUAAAGAAGGAGCAGGUGGACCCAGAGGCCUCAUUCUCCUCUGGCACUUGUAUGCACACUGGGACUGUCUCAAGAGACCCCCCAAAGGCUAAGGUCAAAGGGACAUCUCAUAUCAAACUGGAAGGAGGCUUCCCCUGCAAGUCGAAGCGACAGCAUGAUGGGCCAGACCAUCCAACCCACAAGAAGUCAAAGUGCCGAAUUGGCGAGGAGUCUGUGGCUUCCUGCAAGUCAGACAGCCAGAAACAGCACAAUCGUAAGUGGCGAAAGCAUCAUGGGGAUCUCCAUGAGAUGAACAAGCGAGAAGGCCACCUGGGCUCCACAAAGGAGCGAGGCAAUGUUCAUGCCAAACGCAAGCGGCGGAAACCAUCUCCAGGGCACCAUAGACACAGUUGCGAAGAAGGUUAUGUUGAGAAGAAAGCAAAGAACAAUUUCCGGGACUUCAUUCCUGUGGUGCUGAGCAGCCGGACACGAAGCCAGUCAGGAAGCAUGGGGGGAUCCUCAGCUAGUAUGUUAGGGGAAUGUGAUGGUGUUGGCCAGGAGAUUGUACCGAUGUUGGAGGAGGAGGAGGAGAAGGAAGAGGAGGACAGUGAUGAGGAAGAGAAUGAGCUUUCCUUGAAGCAUCACAGACUGAGAAAAUCCCAUCGCCUUUCCCCGGACUCGAGCUGCAGAGACAGAGAGCAAGACCGGUCAGAAAAGGGCACUUUUCACCUGAGCAAGAGCAGGGGCUUGCCGUGGCAAGCAGAAGCUCCAAGGCAACUAUGGAGCCACAAAGAGACUGAGGACGAGACUGGCCAUGUUAAAAGGAAGAAGAGACGGCGACAGAAAAGCUGGAAAUACCAGACUGGAGAGUACUUGAUAGAGCGGGAGAAAGAAGAACACACGAGCUGUUGCCAUAAGCGGCGGAAAUCAAAAGCAGAUUUCAGGUAUCGGAAGCACAAGGGCUCAGCACCCAAGAAAGGCUCAGAGUUGUGCCUGCGGAACAAGCUCUCUCCAACUCUACAAAGUCAUCUGGAUUUCCGCAAUGGAUUCCUCUUGGAUUAUUCUGACUCAGCUCCCAUUCAGGAGGUGCUAGAGAAACCAUCCGGGAAACGCAAAUGCAAAACCAAACACCUGUCAGGUGUCUGUGAAGAGGGAAAGGGUAGGGCACGAUGGAACCAGUCAAAGAUCCGCUCUCCAAAGAAGGCGCAGGAGUCUUGUGUAUUCAACAAAUCCCGGCAGCACAACUCAGAGAAAUCUGUAGAGUCUGCUACAGCCCCUCCAGUGGUGCCCCCUGAAGCUCGGCGUCUGAUAGUGAACAAAAAUGCCGGAGAAACACUACUGCAGAGAGCUGCCCGGCUUGGCUACAAGGAUGUAGUGAUGUAUUGCCUGCAGAAGGAAAACAGUGAUGUUAACCAUCGGGAUAACGCUGGCUAUACGGCCCUGCAUGAGGCCUGUGCUCGAGGCUGGAUAGAUAUCCUGCACAUCUUGCUGGAGCAUGGUGCAAACGUCAACUGCAGCGCACAGGAUGGGACCAGGCCUGUCCAUGAUGCAGUGGCGAAUGACAAUGUGGAGACCAUGUGGCUCCUUCUUUCUUACGGUGCUGACCCCACCUUGGCUACAUACUCAGGGCAGACAGCCUUGAAGCUGGCCAGCAGUGAUGGGAUGAAAACCUUCCUCAAUGAUUACCUCUUAGAUCUGCAGGGGCGAGCUGAUGAGGACCCACGAACGGCCUGGGACUUUUACAGCAGUGCUGUGCUAGAGGGGAAAGAUGAGAUUGGCUGCGACCUUCUGCUCAACCCUCCUGGGAGCUCAGAUCACGAGGAAGAUGAGCAGGAUUCAGACCGCUUCAUGUUUGAGUUCUCCGACAAGCAGCUGCUCCCCUGCUACAACCUGCAAGUGUCCGUCUCCCGGGGACCCUGUAACUGGUUCCUCUUCUCAGAUGUGCUGAAGCGGUUGAAGCUUUCAUCCCGCAUCUUCCAGGCCCGCUUCCCACACUUUGAAGUGACGACCCUCCCCAAGGUGGAGUUCCAACGCCAGCUGUCAUUGAGUCAGGUGCUGGCUCCAGAAGAAAUCCAGGAGCACAUGGUUCCCCCCUUGGCUCCGGGUGCUGUAGAGACGGUGGAGCUGGUGCGCUACGAGCCAGAGCUAGUUCGACUGCUGGGCUCAGAGGUGGUGUUUGAGGCCUGGAGCAGCUGACGAGGGAGGGGGGGCCAGAAUGAUCCCUCCGUCUGUUGUCAUCAUGCACUGCGAGGCAAUAAUCUGGACCAAUGAGAAGGUGGCCUUCUUGCAGGCAGCGGCAGGGCUUCUGGCCACAAGGCCCUCGGUGAUGAACUGCAGCAGGUGCUUGCCACCCGCCCAGCCGGGAUGGGGUGGGGCAGCAGGAUAGAAAGCUGCCUCCUUGCUCACCCUGGCCUCUGAACUUUUUUGGCCCAAUUGGUGGCCUUGGUGGUUUUAAAGCCUCUCUGUGUGGAACUGCAUCUCUCCCCUCCCUCCCCUGCUCCACCCCCAAGCUCUUCCAGAGUAUUUAUUUAAUUAGUAUUUAAUUUGUGGUGUUCCUUUUUUGUUCCUGCAAAGUCUGUAUCACUGUGAUUUGUGGGGCAGGUGGAAGAGGGCAUGAGGCCUUCUUGCGGCCGCCCAUCCCUACCUGGGAUGUGCUACAAGGAACAAGCUGCCACUUCUCUCUCCAGUUCUCAAGAAGUGGUGGCAGGGCCCUGAAAGUUCUUUCCCCUUAUUUGAGGGCCACCCAGUGUCUGCUGGGGGCAUUUUCAUCUUUCUUAGCCGAAGCCUUUUUGCCACAUUAUUUUAUCUCUGAAGUUCAGCCUGGCGUUUUGGAGUGGUGGACAGAGGCUGAAUCAAUAUAUAGCCAAAGGCAUCUGAUAUUGGCUGUUCUUCCUCGUCCCUUUGCCAUCUAUCCCCUCCCAUUUUUUUAAAAGUUCCCUUUUGUUCUAUCAGUUCAGAUGGCAAGCCAGUAGUCUCUAGUGGAGUGAGUGUGGCAGAGAAAGACGUGCCCAGCAGCGGGGUGGGGGUAGUAUAGAUGGUACAGUUUUAAUGUACAGGUGCUAACAAGGACUGGACAAUCUGUUUCCUGGCUCUUCCCUGCAUUGGGAUGGGGUGUUUGGGUGUUAACCUUUUAAAUUUUGUGUUGUGUUCCCACUAGGAGCUGCAUUUCUUUGCACCUCCUCUCCCAUGCCCCCUCCACAAUUUUCCGAGCAGGUUAUCUCUGCCAGCCCUCCCACCUCAGAAAAUCAACUGUUCCCUCUCCUUACUCCUUUGCACCAAGGCUUUUGGGCCUUUGGGGUGUGUGUUCCAGCUGCUGUUUUUUCUUUUCUUUCAUCUGAUUUGUUUUAUUCUUAAGCAACGCUUUGGUGUCAAAAACACUUAUGUACAGAAAAACCUGCAUCAGGGCCCCUGUCUCCCGCCUCAUCUUUGGAUCUUGUGUCUUUGCGUAGAAAGUCUGAUGGAAGUGAGCACCAUCACACGAGUGCCUUUGCUUUGAGAGGAAAAUGUGUAUUGUUUGUAAGCCAAAAAGGAUAUAAGAGGCAGCCCUUUUGUCAGUGUGCCAGAAGGUAGAGCCAGAGGCUAUGCAGGCCAAGCCUGGCUAUGCAGAGCCAGCACUCAGCUGCACCUUUUAAAAUGUGUCCAUAACAAAAAAGAAGCUGCUUUCAGGUACUGAAGAAAUGCUGUGGAAGCAAUUUCUUAUCAUACACAUUUCCCAGGACAAAGCAGGCUGAAGUAUAUAGAACAGGGAAGGACCCUCGGUGUCAACAGUGAGUAAAUAGAGGCUGCAGCUAAGGGGGGGAUUUUUCCUUUUGGUUUGAAUCAUGGCCUAAAGUACUGAAGGGUGAGGUCCAAAGAGGUGUGAGGUUGGCUGUCCAGCCCUUGUUUAUAAAUUUAAAGCAGUUGGAAACAGAUUUGUCAUUUUCCUGCUCAAACUACAUUGUUACCCCUCCCCACAAGCAGUGUUAGGCUUACUGGGAGGAAAAGAAAGACAUCUGUAUUGUAUUAGUGAGCAUCCCCUUCUUUCCAAAUCUAGAAGAGCCAGUGAUGGUGUGCGAGAUUUUAUUCUGCAAAAAGGUGGUUUGAAAAGAAGAGGAAAAUCCCCUCUUGAUAUGUGUGCCUUUAAAUCUUUAAAGGCAGGUUUAAGCUUUCUAUUGGGGCCUUUCAGAUGGUUUCAAGUAGAAUUUCUAUCACCUGUAGCCACCAUGGCCAUUGCCUGGGGAAUAAGGCAGGUGGAACUGGAGGUGGAAGCCAUCUGGAAAACAAUGGGAGCAGAUGCUGUCUGGGGUUUCGUGUAGCCUAUUCUCCUGCAUUCCUAUAUUUCCUGCAACCAUUUCCCACAUUCUCUUUUUAAAAUGGUAAAAUAUCAUCUUUGAGGGGGAAAUUUGCACUCUUUUCUGUUAACCACGCCAAUCAUGCCACACAGCAGAUUCCAGCAUUUGGCUGUUUUUAAUACAUAAAAAAUUAGUGCAGUGCAACAUGAAACAAAGGAGCAAGUGUAGAGAGAGUGCUAGUGCUGUUCAAGGAAGAGAAGUUCCAGCCACUCACAACUUAGCUCAGUAGCAGAGAUGGAAUGUUUUUGGACUACAACUCUCAUCAGCCCCCAGCUAGUAAAGGAAUUGGUCAAAAAAAGCAAGAGGGUUAUAAGGUCCCAUUCCCGCUCUAAGGGAACAAAAGCUAACCCUUGUGUCCUGUCCUGUCAGUUAAUUCCAAAUGGGCUUAACUCCCCAGAGGACAGAAGUGUUUGGUUUCUAAGUUGAGGUUCGGUAUGUAUGGCUGUUGCUAUUUGCUUCUGAAUCUGGUGCCUGCAGGAGAGAGUUGUUCUAGGAUUUAGUAAAGGCCAUAAGGGGCAAUGUGUGUGUUGUCACUACCUCUUCCAAAACCCCAGUAGGAAAACAGAAAUGACUCUGCUUUCCCUGAAUGAAAGUGGGAAGAUUCUGCUGGUGCACAGCAGGAAGAAGCUCUUGGUGCAUUUUCAUUUUCUUUCUGCAGAAUCACCUCUUCCCUCUACAGAAGGGUGGAUUUUCAUAAAACAGCCAGUGUAGGGAGGGAAGGGCAUAAAAUGCAGGCAGAUUUGUAAACCUAUUUAUCAACACCCACUUUCUAAUUUAAAACCAUGUUCUCAUUGUAUGUAGCACAGAGUCAGUAAAGAUGUGCAUCUGGGUGCUGGCAACCUAGGGCCAAUUUACUAUUGUAUCCCCAAUACAGUUGUGUGCUCUCCUUAUUUAGAAUUUAACAUGAUGUCUGUUCCUAAUUCAAAAUAAAUAGGAGUGAGAGGAUGUUCCAA